AUGCGGUCGCUGCGGUUUGUGAGUGGGCUCGUUGUGGCUGUCCUACUCUACGCCAGACUCGCCACAACCUGGGCCUCGGAGGAUGAACCCAUCAUUGCAGCCGAUAUCAACGGCAACCUCAUCAUCAACAGCUCAUCAGUCACCAGCGCCACCCGCUUGCUGUUCAAUGGCGUGGACGUGUUAAACGCACUCACCGAACUUCGCGAAAUCUGCUCGGGCUGCUCGCCACAAACGCCGCCAUCACCCACUCCCGCCCCGAGCACCACGGCCCCCACAGUAUCUCCUGAAGCGGUGGUGUAUUCAAGCAACGUGGGGUGCAGCCCAAGUGGCGUGCCACCCAACGCGACGCACAUCCUCGGCCACCUCGAUUUGUAUUAUUGCACAAAUCUCACCGCGCAAGACUUGCAGGCCCUGCAAAACAUCGUUCACGUGAGCGGCCACGUUCACAUCUAUUACAACGGCUUGCUGGCACAUCUGAAUGGCUUGGGUAAUCUCACAUCAAUCGGAACCUAUGUUCUAGUGAGCGACAACAAUGCAUUGUCAAACUUGGACGGGCUGAGCCGUUUGACGGCAAUCAAUGGCCAUUUUCAGGUUGCUAACAAUGUUGCGCUUGCUACUCUGAACGGCCUGAGCAAUCUGAUAUCAGUCGGCGACUUUCUUCAAAUCAACGUCAACGCAAAUCUGGAAAGCGUGCACGGCUUGGCCAACCUCGCAACUGUCGGUGGGGAUUUUCUUGUCAUUAGCAACGGCGCACUGCAAAAUGUCAACGGCUUAGACAAGCUUACAUUCGUCGGAGGUUCCCUCUUGAUCUCUGGCAAUGUUGGGCUGAAGAAUGUGGAUGGUCUCGGAAGCUUGUCCUCAAUUGGCGGCUAUCUUCGAGUCCAGAGCAAUGUUGGCUUGACGAACGUGGACGGACUAAGCCAGCUGACGAUUGUUGGCCCAUAUAUCCGAGUGCAAGAGAAUUCCCAUUUAACCAGUCUUGAGGGCUUGUAUGGCAUAACAUCUGUCGGCACCUAUGUGCAAAUCUGUAGCAAUUCGCUGCUCAACAUCAGUGCGGUCCAGCGCGAGCUAGGAGACUUGGGUGUUCCAGGCCACACCUGCCAGACCUUUACGACUGGCUUCUUUUGUCCCUGCUGA